GGUUUUCAACAAUGUCCGCUGCAAGUAGGCUCACGGGAUGGUUCAGGAAAGCACCCACGGUGUUGCGAGCGGGGCACCCGUCCCUGCGUGUAAAAGCAGAACCAAUUAAAGUCGAAGACAUUCCUACUCAAAAAAUCCAGCGAGUCAUCCGUGAAAUGAAGGGCGUCUUUUCCUCCCCAUAUACUCCUGUGGUCGGUCUGGCUGCACCGCAAAUUGGGCAUCCUAUCCGGCUGAUUGCUUACCGGCUCGAGGACAAAAAGUUGUUGGAAGAAAGACGCAUCGAUCCAGUCCCGUUGACCUUCCUAAUCAACCCUACCCUUUUAAUAACAGACAAGGACCCGGAAACCAAAUGGUCAGCAGAAUACGAGAGUUGUGAAAGCGUGCCCAAUUACAAUGCACUGGUAAAGCGAGCGGGGCAUGUAAAAGUGGAAGCUUUGGAUUUGAAGGGCAACAAGGUGUCAUUCAGCACGGGGGGAUUUUUGGCGAGAUUACUUCAGCAUGAGAUGGAUCAUCUUGAUGGUGUAUUGUUCACGGAUCGCAUGGACUGCAAGAGCUUCCGACAUGAUAAGUACAUUGACAAGUAUGAGCUGUAUACAGGCCGAUGAGCGGCAAUGGCAUCAGCAUUGUAAUUUAUCUUUACUAAACCACACAAUAUACACAUGCAAGAACAACCUCGGCACUGAACAGCA